GCUGUCCGGCGGUGCCGCGCCAGGAGGAGUCGCCGCUGCUCCGCGCGGGGCCGGGGCCGCCGCAACCGUCGGCGCAGCCCGCGGCCGCAGGACCACCAUGCCGCUGGGACACCCCGCGCCCGGCUGGAAGAAGAGGACCGAGGACAUUCGCCGCAUCUACGACUUCCGAGAGGUCCUGGGCACGGGGGCUUUCUCUGAGGUGGUGCUGGCAGAGGAGAGGGCAACCCAGAAGCUGGUGGCCAUCAAGUGCAUCGCCAAGAAGGCGCUGGAGGGGAAGGAGGCCGGCAUUGAGAAUGAGAUUGCCGUCCUGCACAAGAUCAAGCACCCCAACAUUGUGGCCUUGGAUGACAUCUACGAGAGCAGCAGCCACCUCUACCUCAUCAUGCAGCUGGUGUCGGGAGGGGAACUCUUUGACCGCAUCGUAGAGAAGGGUUUCUACACCGAGCGCGAUGCCAGCACGCUGAUCCGGCAGAUCCUGGAUGCUGUGCGCUACCUGCACGACAUGGGCAUCGUGCACCGCGACCUGAAGCCCGAGAACCUGCUGUACUACAGCCUGGAGGAGGACUCCAAGAUCAUGAUCAGCGACUUUGGGCUCUCCAAGAUCGAGGGCUGUGGCAGUGUUAUGUCCACCGCCUGUGGGACACCUGGCUACGUGGCCCCUGAGGUACUGGCACAGAAGCCCUACAGCAAGGCAGUGGAUUGCUGGUCCAUCGGGGUCAUCGCCUACAUCCUGCUCUGUGGGUACCCCCCCUUCUAUGAUGAGAACGAUGCCAAGCUUUUUGAGCAGAUCCUGCGGGCUGAGUACGAGUUCGACUCACCCUACUGGGACGACAUCUCGGAGUCAGCCAAAGACUUCAUCAGACAUCUGAUGGAAAAGGACCCUGACAAGCGCUUCACGUGCGAGCAGGCUCUACAGCAUCCCUGGAUCGCUGGGGACACAGCCCUGGACAAGAACAUCCACCAGUCAGUGAGUGAGCAGAUCAAGAAGAACUUUGCUAAGAGCAAGUGGAAGCAAGCCUUCAAUGCCACGGCUGUGGUGCGACACAUGCGGAAGCUGCAGCUGGGAACGAGCCAGGAGGGCCCCGGGCAGAUGACACCGAGCAGCCCCUGCCAUGGCCAGUGGUUGGGGGGGGGCUCCAACAGCGGGUUGGACUGUGAGCGGGUGCCAGCAAACAGAACCCCCCGCCUGCCCUCUGACUGAGGGGGUCUUGAGAUCCCCUGGGCACAACACAGGGUAUGGGGUGGGUCCAUGGGGGUCCUGCUGCCUCCCCAUCUGCUCCCUUUGGGGGGGGGGGGAGCAGUAGUAAGGGAGGGCAACCUGCCCCGCUUCUCACCAUCUCCUGGAGUGAGCCCCAUGGCUGUGGAGUCUGUGUGGGAAGCCCCCAGGAGCCCCCCCAUACCAGCCAAUGGGGGCUACAGCCCAGCUCCCUCCUCCCUCCUCCCUCCAUCU